CCUCGCGCGCCCCCGCGGCGCCCCCUCCCGGCUCUCCAGUGCGCCCAGCGCGCAUGCCCGGGGCGGGGCGCCCAGCCGACAGGGGACAGCGCGGAGUCGGGUCCGCCCGCCAGCGCGGCCGGGAGCACCGGGGUGGUCUGCGCGGCGCGAACCGGAGCUACGAGGAGCGGGCGCAGAUGCAGACAGCUGUCUUGAGGGCAAACAUGGCUGUGAAGAUAGAUGCACAGUACUGAAGACCCAGCCUGGCUCCAGCAGCUUCAGAAGGCCUCCAGCCCCUCAAGACCCCUCUGCUCCCCACAGGAUGGGAGCCUGGGCACUGGGGGCCCGGUCAUGAGGGACUGCUGCUCAUCUCCAAAGGCCAUCCCUGCACCCCCAAGGCAUACCCUUGACCACAGCCCAGGCAUGGACUCCAGACACCACAGUCCCAGUGGUGGGGAAGGGGCCUCCUGCUCUGAGAGCCCUGCUGGGAGCUUAGCCUGCCCCUCUCCUACCUGCAACCCUCUCCCAGAGACAUUGGGAGGACAUGGAGCCUUGAUCACAGGAGCCUCUGAAAAGACUUUGUUAGGGAAGCCAGAGUCUGUGUCCUCAGCAGAAGCUCCUCCUACAGCCCCGGACAACAGAAAUCCUGUGUUGUUGGAAAAGAUGGAGUCCAACUCCUUGAAGCAGGCAGAUUUUACUUCCACGGGAAAGGAAGAGGCUGGGCCCUUGAGGAAGGAAGAGUCCUUAUUGAUGGGAAAGGCAGGGUCUGCAGCCUGUGCAAGUGGAGAGCCUGGGGCUCUUGGAAGGAUGGAUUGUACAGCUCCAGGGAAGGAGGAUUCUGGGUCUUUGGAAAGAGGAGAUCCAAUGUGCUCCAGCAAGGUGGAUUCAGCAACUACAGAAGGGGGAAAUCCUGGGUCUUUAGGAAAGGGGGGGCCUGUAUCCUCAGGCAAAGUGGAUCCAAGAAAGGAGGCCCCCAUGUAUUCUGGAAGAGAGAACCCUGGAUCUACAGGAAAGGGAGACCGUGUGUCUUUGCGGGAAAAAGAUAUGGAACCCCCAGAAAAGACAGACCCUGCAUCCACAAAAGAGACAGAUCCUGGAUUCCCAGGAAAGCUAAUGCCGGGGUCAUCAAGCAAGGCAGAACUUGUAUCCUCAGAAACAGUGGCUCCUGGGACCAAAAAGGUGAAUCCUGUACACUUGGGGAUGGUGGAUCCUGCAGCUGUGGGAAAAACAGAAACUUUGUCCUCAGCAAAAGAGGGCUGUCCUUCCUCAGGAGAAGGAGGGCCUGUGUCUGUGAGAAUGGCAGGACAGCCGGAAGGUGUGUUACCAGCAAAGACAGAUUCCACGUCUGUGAGCAGUACAGGACCUUCCAGCAGCGUGGACCCAGACUCCUUAAGAAAUGUGGAGCUCGUGUCCCCAGUGAAACCAGAACUCUUGUCUUCUGGGCAGGCAGAACGUGUGUCGCUGGUAAAGACAGAAACCCUAUCCUCAGGAAGAGAGGACCCACGAUCUUCUAGAAGGGUGGAUCACACAACUGUCACGGGAAACAUAAAAACAUCUCAAAAAGGGAAUCCCGAGUCUUUAGGAAAGGCAGACCCCGUGUCUUCCAGUUCAGGAGAUGCCAAGUCUCUGGGGACACGGGGUUCCAUGUCUGCCUCAAAAGCUGAAGCAGUGACGGAGGGGAAAGGAGACCCACAGUCCUUGGAGAAGGCAAGACCCACAGCCUCAGAGAAGGCUGAUCCCCUCCCUUUCAGCAGGGAAGGCUCUGCAAGCCAGGGAAAGGCAGAAACUGUUCCCUUUGAAGAAGUGGGCUCCACAACUUUAGGAAAACGAGCUUUGGUGUCCCCAGGGAAGGUGGAUCUCAUGGCCUCCGAGAGAGCAGAAGGCAUUCCAGAGGCCAAAGCACCAGAAAAGAGGAACCCUGUGAAUUCCACCAGUGCCUCAGAGAGUGCUGAACCCAAGUCUGGGGUUAAGGCGGUAACCCCGGUAACCCCGCUUCCAGGCGCCUCAUCACCGGGAAAGGUGGAGGCGCCGUCUUUGCAAAAGGAGCAGCCACAGGUGUCUGGGAAGGUGGAUCCCUCAGGAAAAGUCGACCCCACUGCGUCUGUGGAGCCUGUGUCGCCGGGGAAGGCUGACUCGGCAUCUCCGUCUCCUAGAAAAGCAGAGUCUCAAGCGUGGGCAGAGACUGCCCCUCCGUCUCUGGAGAAGGUGGGGAAGGCCGAGUCCUCUUUCAGGCAAUCAGAUGCUACACCCUGCAGCUCAGCCCAGCCUCUGGGAGACGCCAGGAGCAGCGGGGCCCGGGCAGAGCCAGAGCCCUGUGCCAGCACCAGCCAGAAAGACCUCGCGGCAGCUGCGGCUCCGAAGAGCCCCCGCGCGGAGGGUACAGCGCCCCCGCCAGGGCCCCGGACUCGCGACAACUUCACCAAGGCGCCGUCGUGGGACGCGGGAGCGCCGCCACCCCGCGAGGACGCGGGCACUCAGGCCGGCGCCCAGGCCUGCGUCUCGGUGGCGGUGAGCCCCAUGUCACCGCAGGACGGCGCGGCCGGCCCGGCCUUCAGCUUCCAGGCGGCCCCGCGCGCUCCCAGCCCCGCGCCCGCGCCGCCAUCGCGCCGGGACGCGGGCCUGCAGGUGUCGCUGGGAGCCGCCGAGACGCGAUCGGUGGCCACCGGGCCCAUGACUCCGCAGGCCGCGGCACCGCCCGCCGCGCCCCCCGUCUUCCCCGAGGUGCGGGUACGGCCCGGCUCGGUGUUGGCGGCCGCCAUGGCACCCCAGGAGGCGGCCGAGCCGGUGCGCGAAGUGAGCUGGGACGAGAAGGGCAUGACGUGGGAGGUGUACGGCGCCUCCAUGGAAGUGGAGGUGCUGGGCAUGGCCAUCCAGAAGCAUUUGGAGCGCCAGAUAGAGGAGCACGGCCGCCAAGGGGCGCCGGCGCCGCCGCCCGCCGCCCGCGCGGGCCCAGGCCGUGCAGGAUCCGUGCGCACCGCGCCUGCCGACGGCGCCGCCAAGCGUCCGCCCGGCCUCUUCCGCGCGCUGCUGCAGAGUGUGCGCCGGCCGCGAUGCUGCUCGCGGGCGGGUCCCACAGCCGAGUGAUCGGUCUGUCCCCAUUUUUGUAGGCCCGGGUUUCCAACCUUCUCAGGCUCCCUUCUUGUUA